GAGGGUGCUAUUGAACUGAAAGCCACUUGAGUAACCUGCCUCACCGUUUGGCUUGUUAGCUACGUCAUUUUUGAAUGAACCCCGCCUCCCGGCUGUCAUUCAUUGGUUAUUUGUCUCAAUCCUGAGGCGGUAACUUAUUUCUGAUUGGGUAUUUGGCAUGUCAUUGUGCCUUCCUAUUCAUGCUUACCACAGGUUCAAUGCUCAGCAACAAAGUAAUUCAAGUGAAGCGUGUGGGAAGGAGAUGAACUUUAUUUCUUUUGCAAACACUUGCAGGCCAUAACUUUUUUUUUUUUACUCCUUAUAAUGUUGUGAGAUUCCGCGUUUGGAUUGCGGGUUUCGACUUAUGCGCGUAACAUAAAAAAAAAACUAUUUUGUUUUUAAAUUCGAGUUUAUUAUUUGUCCGCUGUAAUGUAGGAUUCACUUUGUUCAGGACCCUCGCGCGCUGAUCAUGUCUCAGGAGGAAAUGGUGCCGUGAAUGUUUAUCAAGCAACAUCUAAAAGCGCCGCGUUCUAGUUCCUGGAAAGUACCUUGGUGUUUUAUUUCUGCGCUGCACGAUUUUUUUUUUUUUUUUUUUGGAAGAAGAAGCAUCUUUCUGGCGCUUAAAGGAUAAACAUGUUUCUCAUUUUUAACUUUGGUGUCAUUUUGCCCACCGCGGUAUUGUCCUCCUCUGAGCAGCGGUGUGGAGUUUAGGAAAUGUGCUAGUGAACUGUGGUACAAACGCCUUUUGGAAGUUCUUGCUGUUUCUCAAAAUGGAUGUAACUGUAACUGUGUCUGAGCUGAUGGCGAACUUCAUGGAGUCCCCGCUGGUGGUUUGGGUGAAGACCUUUGGGCCACUGGCUUCUAACUCCGAGGACAAGCUCUCCAUGUUCAUGGAGUUAGUGGAUGGGGUCUUCCUUCAUAAGAUCAUGACCCACAUAGACCCAAAUCCUACGAACCACCGGGUGAACAAACAAGUGAACAGUGAUGUCAACCUCAGAAUCCAGAACCUCAGCAUUGUUAUCAGACAGAUCAGAAACUACUACCAGGAAAAUCUCCAGCAGCUUGUACUGAUGACGUUACCCAACGUUCUGACCAUCGCCAAGGACCCUUUGUCAGGCAAAAGCAUGGAGGAGAUGAAGAGGCUUUUGCUGCUGCUCCUGGGUUGUGCCGUUCAGUGUGAACGUAAAGAGGAAAUCAUUGAGAAGAUUAAGCUGCUAGACAUCGAAACCCAGACAGCCAUUGUUUCUCAUAUCCAGGAAGUGACCCACAACCAGGAGAAUGUUCUGGACAUGCAGUGGCUGGAGGUGGGGGAGCUGCCACCCGAGGACCUGGACCCACUGUCUCGUAUCAUGGCCUUUCACCUACGCAAGCUCAUUGAUGAGCGUGACGAGUGCUCAGAGCUGAUUUUGGAGCUGAGUCAAGAGAGAGAUUACUUGCAGUUGCAGCAACUCCCUAACUCUGUAGGCUACUCCAGUGCUGACCAGUCAACUCAGCCUUCUAUACUAACCAAAGAAGAACGCCAGCACCUAUCAGUGGAGCUUGCUGAUACGAAGGCCAAACUGCGCCGUUCCCGCCAAGAACUAGAAGAGAAGACCGAGCAGCUGAUUGAUGCUAGGAAUGAACUGGAACGUCUGGAUGCAGAGAUGCAAAAGCUGAAACAAGAGAACAUGCAGCUUUUGGCGGAGGCACGGUCGGUACGUGCUUAUCGUGAUGAAGUGGAUGCUCUGAGGGAACGUGCAGGAAAAGUGGAUAGACUUGAAACAGAACUUGCUCGCUUCAAAGAAAAACUUCAUGAUGUCCACUUCUACAAGGCCCGCAUGGAGGAGCUGAGAGAGGACAAUAUGACCUUGGUAGAGACAAAGGCCAUGCUGGAGGAGCAGCUGGGUACAGCCAGGGGGCGCUGUGACAAACUACACGAGCUGGAGAAGGAGAAUCUUCAUCUGCGCUCCAAACUGCACGAUAUGGAGAUUGACCGGGACAGUGAUAAAAAGCGUCUAGAGGAGCUGCUAGAGGAGAACAUGAUGCUGGAGAUUUCCCAGAAGCAGAGCAUGAACGAGUCUGCUCACUUGGGCUGGGAGCUGGAGCAGCUGGCUAAGAACAAUGAGGUCAAUGAUGUACGCAAGUCAUUUGGGGUUGAGAUGAACGAGUCAGCAUCCAGUCGGCUUCUGAAGCUGGAGAAAGAGAACCAGAGCCUGCAGAGCACCAUCCAGAACCUGCGUGAGGCUGCACUCGGUCUUGAAGAGGGUCAGCUCCACACCAUGGAGCUGGAGCGGGAGAACCAGGGCCUCAGCAAGAAGCUUGAGAGACUGCAGAGUCAACUGGACCAGGAGAAGCAGACAAUAAAGGACAUGGAGAAUCUUGGAGAAGAGCUCAUCAAGGAAAAGCAGAGACUGGAGAAAGAUCUAGAGACCCUGAGAGCAGAAAAGGGAAAACAGAUCUCAGAGCUGGAGCAAGAGAAGGAACACCUGAGCCUGACCGUGAACUCACUGCGGAAACGUGCCCAGGAGGACAGUGAGGCACGCGUGCGUGAAGUGGAAACGGAGAAUCGUAUCCUCCACCAGAAGAUCUCAGACACAGGAAGUCGGCUGGUGCAGCUUGAGAACGAGAAGCAGCAAGUCACCGAGCAGUUGGAGGAUGAGCUGGAAUGUGCCAAGGAACUUCAAAGGAAGGUGAAGACCUUAGAGUGUACUCAGAAGCAACUCCAGGAUGAGCUAACCUCACUCAAAGUGGCUGAAGAGCAGCUUGAAACCUUGCAGUGCAAGAACAGCAUCCUGGAGCAGGAAAACUGGGGGCUGAAGAAGGACGCAGAAGAGUUAAAGAGUGACAAUAUGCGUCUGACUCUGCUGGAAAAGGAGCACAGGAAGCUGGGAAAUGAGAACGUGGAGCUUCGGAGCACUGUAGCUGAACUCCGUUCCCAGGCCAAGCGUACCGAAAGACUGGAGAUAAACUGCAGCAGCCUUGACAAAGAGAACCAGCGGCUCCAACAGAGCCUGGAAAGUAGCAGCAACAAAAUCCAGGGCCUCAAAAAUGAACUGCACGAGGCUGAAACCCAGAGCGAGGAACUGCGGCAUGAGCUGGAGGAGCUGAGGAAGUUGGCGAGACGUGCUGAUGAAGCAGAGAAGGAGCGGCGGAAAGUGGAGCAGGAGCUGGGCCAAGCUGAGAAAGAGAGAAAGCAGCUGGAGAGGGAGGCACGUAGGCUGAGGCAGCAAGUGGAUGUGAGGGAAUCUGCACUUGAGGAGAGCUCGCUUAAACUGAGCAACAUGGAGAAAGAGGGAGCAGCCACGAACAGGGAGCUUGCACGGCUCCAGGAGGCUGCCAGUAGAGUCAAGGAUAUGGAGAAAGAGAACAAGGAACUGCAGAAACAGGUCACCAUUGACAAGAGGACCUUGGCCACACUCCGAGAGGAGCUGGUGAAUGAGAAGCUGAGGGUGCAGCAGCAGUGUAAUGAGCUCGAGAAGCUCAGUCAUGAGCUGGAGAAGAUCGGCCUGAACCGAGAAAGACUGCUCCAGGAAGAGCACAGCUGGGAGGACAAUAAAUACAAGAUCCUGGAGUCGAAGAUUGAGUCAGCGCUGAAGAAUUCCAUGGAGCUGAAGGAGGAAAAAAUUCAGGGUCUGGAGUCACGCCUAGAGGAGAGCAGCAGCUUGAACCAGCAGCUCCGUACUGAGCUUGCAUCAGUGAAGAAGACACUGGAGGCCUUGAGGCAGAGGCAGGAGGAGGAGGCUGCUCACUCUGAAAUUUCCCAGAAGGCUGUGGAGCAGGUCAGGUCUGGUACCAGCCAAGAGAAAUGGGAGACGGAGCAGAGAGAAAUCACCACUGAGCUGCUUAAACUCAAAGAUCAUCUGAUAGAUGUGGAAAAGAAUAAUGCAUCCCUACUGACAGAGAAGCAUCUACUGAAAGAACACCUGAAGCAGCUAGACUCCCAGAACACACAGCUGAAUGCUCAGACGCUAGCUCUGCAAAAACAGGCCACAACGCUGCAGGAGCAAAACACUGCACUUCACAAAGACACCGCCAAACUACAGGUAGAGAACUCAACACUGAAAUCUCAGAACUCGUCUCUGACCGCUCAGUACACAGCCCUGCAGGCUCAGCUGCAGACUCUUGAGGCAGAGGCGGAGGUUCUGCAGAGGCAGCAUGAGGAGGCUCGAGUCAGACGUGACAGCAUCUCUCAGGACCACGAGCGCCUGCUCAGCGUCCAUGAGAGGCAGGCAGCCGAAUACGAGCAGCUCAUCACCCAGCACACUGCCUUGAAGAGCAGCCAGAGAGCACUGGAGCAGGAACACCGCAGUAUGGAGAACAAGUAUUUGCAACUUCUAAAACAGAAGGAUGCUGUGGAGGAGCUGCAGGCAUCUCUGCAGAGAGAGAAGGCGAGUUUGGAGGAGGAGAUUCGUAAGAACACUCAGAUUAUGGGAGAGAACCGCAGCCUGAGAGAGGAGAUGGACAGACUGUCGCAAAAACACGCACAUUUGCGUCAGGAGUAUGACGGGCUGCAGCAUCAGAGCAAGGAGCUAAAGAUGUCUCUCAAUGAGUCACAGCUGGAGCUGAACCGCUGGCAGUCACGAUUUGACCAACUCAAAGAACAGCACCAGGGCCUAGACAUUUCCCUGACCAAACUGGACAACCACUGUGAGCUGUUGACUCGGCUGAAGGGGAAUCUGGAGGAGGAGAACCACCACCUACUGAGCCAGGUCCAGAUGCUGAGCCAGCAGAACCAGACUCUUCUGGAAAGGUCCAUGGAGAGCAAGGAGCUGUACCAUGAGGAGCAAAAACAGUACAUCGAUAAGCUGAAUUCGUUACGGCGGCAGAAGGAGAAACUGGAAGAGAAGAUCAUGGAUCAGUACAAGUUCUACGACCCGACUCCUAAAAAGAGGAGCCACUGGGUGGCACCUAAAGCUAUUGCGAAAUUCAUGAAGCCUAAGAAGGAGCGGUCACGGGAGAGGCAGGACGGCUCUCGUGAGCGGAUCCGAAGUGCCCCAGACAUCCCUCUUCCAGAGAUCCCACACCCUCUAGACUGUUCCACCAACAGCCCAAAGCUUACUCCACCUCCACUGCCCUCUCGCCAGACUUGCCUCAACCUGGACUCCCCAAGCAGUGUCUCAGUGGAGGAAAACCACGCCCACUCCUCCCCAAUCUUAUCCUCAGCUUCAAACAACAGAGCAGCUAAGCGGUUCCUUUUCCUGCGGAGUAAGAGCCAGGAGAAAAUUCGGGUUCCACGGACAUCGCCUUCCCGGCGCUCUCUAACCAAACGCCUCCGAUUCUGGGCCUCCGCUGAAGUCAUCAUGCCUCCUUCCCCCAGCGAGCAUCUCUCACAGAUCGGCCAUUUUUAAGUGCUUUUUCUUUUUUAAUUUUUUUUUAUCAGCAGCAGCACAUUAUAAUACUUUUCAGUACAAUCAAUAUUUUGUCGUUUUUCUCUUUAACUCUCUAUAAUAUCUUUUUUUUUUUUUUUUUUUUAAAUUGUAGUUGAAAUCAGCUAUUUAUAUAAUUCAUCAUUUUAAUAUAUUUGGCAGCACAGAUACCUUUGCACACUAAUAAAAAAAACAUUAGUGAACACCAGGAAACAUAUUUCUAAAAUCACCAAAGCAGUUACUUAUAGGACACUACUUGCAUCCUGUUCAUAUUCUACUGAACCGCACGCAUACACACACGCACGCACACACACAGAGACACAAACAGAGGUUGAACUCUGCAUCAGCGCUCUUAUUGGGACUGCUGGAGCCAGGCCAAGACGCUCUGAGUAGCAGUAAGUAGCAGUGUGUUGAAACUGAGCCCCCCGAAUGCAUUUGGCUUUGCUGUCGCGCCAUUAAUAAUGUGUGUGCCACUGUGCGUGUGUGUGCGUGUGUGAUUGAAUGGAUCAAUACUAGCCAAGGAUGAGGAAGAUAAAUGGGACACUGUAUGACAGCCGUCACAGAAUAUUUGUGGCCUGUGUGUUAAUGAGGCCAGUUGAUAUAAAUCUGAUUGUGCGUGUUGAGCGAGAGGGGAUAAUUAAUCCGAGGUAGCGUCUUCUUAGAGAGAUGCCAGGAUGAGCAAUGGCUUAUUCCAUGUCCCUUCAGUGUGAGCUCUUAAUUACUCUGUAUACCUGCUUUCCUGCAACCUGUGCCUUGCCCUCCCUCUGCUAGAGUCUAUACCUCCAUAUUCACACACUCAUCAGACUCAUCAUUUGUCUUACCAUCAUUGUGAGGACCUUCCAUUGAGAUUAAUAAUGAAUAAUUUAAUUUAAUGCUAUGCUGCACCUAAUUCUAACCUUUUUCAAAAAUUAGUUUAAAUAAAAGCUAUGGUUUUUGUGAACAAACAAAAGCAGUUUUCCCUCCCGGAGACCAGCCAAAUGUCCCCAUAACUGUCACGUUUCUAUGUUGGGGAUAUUUGGUAUCCACCCAAAUAUAAAAUCUCUCGCUCUCUCACUCACUCACUUUCUUGUGCAUACCAUGGACCCACUCAUCCCUGCUGCUACACAUCGCUUCUAUCAUCUUGUCUCACAGCCUGCUUGGAUUGUAGCAAGUUUGUGCUUUGCAUUUACUUUUCAGAACUCUUUAGUCAGCUGACAUUACAUUUUUGCACAAUUUCAGUAAUGGGUAUUGACACAAAUGUCAAUCAGCUUCUAGAUCUUUGUAAAUGUAUUUGAGCAUUAGGUAAUCUUUAAAGAUAUUUGACAGCCCGGUCUAGCCAUUUUAGACAGUGCUUGUUUAGAGAGAUAAGAUUAGAGAGAUUGUAUAAUGAAGAUCUAUUCGGACUUUAACUGCUUUGAUGUCCUCUGUUUUGCCUGGUGCUGAGAGAGAUAUGUCGGUGGAAAAUUACCAGGUGUGAUUUUGAGGGUAGUAGCAGAAGCUCAGGAAAAACUCCAAAACCUGCCCAUCCUGCUGGAGCCACUAACUCCUCUCUCUGUUUGCAUACGUAACUCUGGCAUUUACAGCGUUUCCCAUCUGUCUGCAGACUACCCAUCUGGUAUUGUUCGUCUCUUUACGCGUACGCUAGUGUAUGCGCAGAGUUGUACGCAUUACCUUUCAAGGUAUACUUCAUAUGACGUACGCAUACGCUGACGGUAAAGCAGGUCUUCUAGUGUGAAGUAGUGAUGGGAAGUUCGGAUCAUUUUACUGACUCGGAUCUUUGAAUUUCUUUCAGCAAAAUGAUCAAAUAUUCUUUUCCCCCAACCCCAAACCCCCCACCCCCGAGUCAUUUCGUUCAUUUCAGCAGAAUACAAUUAAAAUGUUACAUGUUAAAUUCCCCAAAACAUCUAGUACUUAAUAAACUAUAAAAUUAACUAUAGGCUAAUGCAACCAAAGCUGAAUUAUGAGAAAAAGAAAUGGUUAAUUAAUAGCUUAGCUGGCUCUUCAGGCUAUGCAGUCUUAGUUCACCUCACCUCCGGAUCACAGUCGUUCUUUUGUCACAGUCUUUCUUUUGUCACGUCCGUUCCCCGGGAACAGAAAUUAUUAGUUGACCCCUCGAGUCUUUGGGUUAGAGUCAUUCGUUCAUCCAAUAACUGCCUUAUAGGCUGAAUGCAGUGGGGCUGUGACGUGAUGAACGAACAACUCAAACUCGAAGACUUGAUACGCGAAGUACUCAUUUCUGUUUCCUGUGCAGAACCUAUGCGCGGUUAAAAAUUAACGAAUCACUCUGAGGCAACUCGUUGUUCCCGAGUCAUAUUAAAGAUUCGUUCAAAAUUAACAAAUCGUGCAUGAACACCUCAAUAGUGUGAAGGAUAACAAUGAAGAAGAAUCAUAACACGAAGAACAACGCUUGGGCAAUCUUUCGCCACAGUUAGCACCCAUAUACAAGUCCUUAUACUCUAAGGCUUGAAUUAUACAAAUGCGGGUACUUUCUAACCUCAUUCAUUUCCAUCUCUUCCGUUUAUUCCAUUUUUUUCUUCAGCUUCCUUGAGAAUCAACGGCCCUGGGUCACUGUUGCCACCUGCUGGAACAACUAUAUAAUUAUUUUGCACUAAAUGCGCAUGUGUGACGAGUAGAAAAAUUGGGCGGUGCUGUACAGUACGCGUGUACUCUGCUGAUGACGAAAUUUGCGUCACGGUGUACUGUACGCUGUUCCUAGCAUACACGUAAAAAGUGAAGCAUACUGUCUGAUAGAGACUAUACUGUAACAGGAAAGAAAUGGUGUAAGCCAAACAUAUUGUUCCAACCAUCUAAUUGCCCAAGCACAGUACAUUGAUAAUUUGAUUCAGUGGAAAUUGUUGAUACGUUAAUUCACUGUCAUUAUUAGUAUGCUUAUGACAGAUCUCAGAAACCUGUGCCACAGAAGCAUGUGCUUUGCACUACUUUACUAUUGCUCAUUACAUAUAAACCUGAAAAUGAUCUACGCUCAGUGUAAUGAAAUAAAUAAAGGACUAAUAAAAUAAACAUUUUUCAGCUAGCUAAUUACUGUGUGUGUGUGUGGCCUAAGACCUCUCUGUAGCUUGGAGAAAAUAAUCUCAUUAAACAAUCAUGAGCUUGGGUCAUUUUCAGAUCAAAUUGCUUUAUCAGAUAAAAACCUAUAAACAGGGACCAUAACCGUGUGCUAGGGAUAGAUUGGUUAUGUGGCAAAAAAAUAAUUUUUCCAACCAGUAUGGAGUGAAAUUUUUAUUUGCAAAAAAAAUUGGGGUCUGUGAUCUGCUUAAUGUGCAAUGAGCAUAUUGCAUUUUCUGCUAAAUUAUCACUGUGUUGUAACAUCUGCAUGCAUUUUGUCCAGCUGUUGCCAUUAAAGUGGAAUUGCCAGGUUGCCAGGUUCUUCCAGCUGAAAGGAAGAAAAAAACAAAUUUCCGUUCAAUCGUAUUGUUUGCUCAGUAUUGUUAGCUGCAGUAUCCCUCAGCCUAUAUUAACUAGCUGACUGUAUUUUAACAGCUCUUUUAGAAUAGUAUUUGCAGAUGCUCUAAACAUUUUGCUUAAUGAUCAACUAAAACCUGCAAAAGAUCCUGCAUGCUGAGUAUGCGAUGUUUUACUUGUCCUCUGCACUAACUUGCACACAAGCCUAUGCUCUAACAUGCUCUCCACACCAGCAGUGUUAGUGUCUCCUGUGCUUUUCUGCUUUCUCUUAUAAAAUUUGUAACUUUGCUUCUCACUCAGGUCUGAGUUACAGCAGUGGUUCCAGAAGCUCAGAGGCGUACCGGCCAGGAGGGGGCAGCA